AAAUAAGAUUUGACCCACCAAACAAUGAGGAAACGGGAAUAUUCUGUGUCGCUAAAAGUUUAUGACAAUAUAUUUACAAAUGUAUUAAUAAUGUCAAACAUUGUCCUUUCUUCAUAGGGAACUAAUAUGAUCAGCCAUUUAAACAUUUCGUGGUUGUCAAGAUGUUCGUGUCUUAUUUGAAGCACAGAUUUUAAAUAGACAGGUAUCGAUUUUGAUAUCAUCGGAUGAAACUGAAUUUUGGUAUGGAUUUGGUUCGUAAUCUUCUGAGCAGUUUCUGUGUCCUGACAUUACUGUUGAUAUACACAGACUGUUGCGAAGACCAAAAUGCUUGCAACUGUACUGUGGUUCAGGGAACUUUUUUCGCAGACUGCUCCAACCUAGGUCUCAACAAAUCGCCUGUGUUUUGGCCGAACGUGACCAACAUCAAUCUUAGCCACAAUAAAUUAACAUACUUACCUCUAGAGUCAACUCUUCCUUCUAAUUUAACUUUUUUGGAUCUUUCGUACAAUGAAAUAAAGCAUAUUUUAAACAAAACAUUCAAGGGACUAUGGAAGCUUUCUGAUCUUCGAUUGAAUGGUAAUAAACUUGGAGUGCCUGUAAAUCUAGAUAGGAACGCUUUUGCAGACUUAGAGAACAUAAAGCACCUGGAUUUGUCUAACAAUCCCGAACUCACUUUCCGGAUAAUGCCGAUCUUAACAUACGGGUUAAGAAACUCUCCAAUUGAAAUUCUUCGCUUAAAUAAAAUCCAUUGUACAUUUGGGCCGAGUACAGAAUUCAGGGUAGAUGAUUUGAGAUAUCUUAAAAACACCAGCCUAAAAGAACUCCAUAUAUCGAGCAAUAGGCUAGAAAUAGUCGAAGAAAGAGCUGUAGGCUAUUUGCCUCAAACAAUUAAAAGAGUGUCGAUUGCCGAUAACAACCUCACAUUUGGAUUGUAUCUUUUGGAACUCUUCUUUCUAAAAAAUCUAGAAUGGAUCAACGCCUCUAUGCAGCAUAUGUCCCACAAUCCUCGAGAAGUUUUGAAGUCGUUCUUCUUCUUUUCGUGCAAUAACAAGAGAAGAGACAAUUCAGAAGAAUCGACUUCUGAAACAGCAAACAAGCCCUUGAGAUAUUUAACCAAUUUUCAGAAACAAGAAUUUUCUUCCUCAAGAAUGAAUUAUACUUUUCCAGUCCCAUAUAAUUUGAAAACAUUGUUCAUGAAUAAGAGUGGACUUGGAUAUUCUAUUCCAGAAAUAAGAUUUACAAGAAAUAAUAUAGAAAAUUUAUAUACGCAAGGUAACAGUCUACGGUCUUGGAUCGGUCCAGUAAGGUCUCUAGAAAAUCUUAAAAGAUUAGAUAUGUCGAACAACUUUUGCACUUCUGUGUCAGAUUACUUUUUUCAACAUUUAAAUUCAAUUGUCGAAUUAUAUUUGAACAAUAAUUUGUUGGGAUUUAGUCUUGCCUCAGAUAGAGAGGGGAAAAUCUUCAGAUAUCUGAACACCUUGAGUCAUUUGGAACUGAAAGGAAACAAAAUUGCAAGUCUACCGACAGCUGUUUUUGUAAAUCUUACAAAUCUUAAAUAUUUAGACUUGAGCAAUAAUCUAUUGACCUCCAUUGACUUUAACAUUAGUCAUUUGAAAUCGUUGACCUAUUUGAAUCUAUCAUCCAAUCAAAUCCAAUAUCUAUCUGAUUCAACAAUGGAUGCUUUCGACCAGCAUUCGAAUCAAGCACCUAUAACGUUAAGCUUUUCGAACAAUCCAUUUCUGUGCGAAUGCAAAACCCUCAAGUUUUUGCACUGGAUGGAUCAAGAAAAGAACUCUAGUAAAAUUCACUUGAACAAUUUUAAUGAAUACACAUGCAGGAAAGAAGGAAAACUCAUAAAAUUUGUUGACAUUCAACAACAUAUCAAAGAACUGGAAAAGGAGUGUGCCUCUUACAGAACUCUGAUAUUUGUUGUGACAUCCUGUAUCCUUCUCUUCCUCUUCAUUCUGACAACAGGAUUGGUUUACAGGUAUAGGUGGAGAUUGCGAUAUUUCUACUACAUGACAAAAAGUCGAUAUCACGGAUAUAAGUCUGUGCGAGGUGAGGACGAGCAAACGGAUUUCAAAUAUGAUGCAUUUGUUUCCUACGCCGAUAAAGAUUUAAGGUUCGUCCAGCAAAUGACAUCUAAGUUGGAGGGAGAGAAGGGUAUCCGUUUGUGUAUCCAUCACCGUGAUUUUGUUCCUGGGUACGAUAUUGCUGAGAACAUAAUCACCGCCAUUAACAAAAGCAGGAAAACGAUUCUUAUCUUAUCACCUAAUUUCAUCGAAUCUGAGUGGUGUAUGUAUGAACUACAUAUUGCCAAAAUGGAAGAGAUAUACAAUAGAGACAAUGAGAACGUCUUAUUCCUGAUUUGCUACGAGGAAAUUCCUGCACCGAAGAUUCCGCUUUCCAUCAUGGACGUCAUUCAUCAAAAGUCGUACCUAGAGUUUCCUAAUGAUGAGUAUGGUAACACAGUGUUUUGGGAUAAACUUCAUGCGGCUAUUGUAUAGUUGUUCAGCGCUGACAAUUCUUUUUAUAGUGAGAAUACAUUUAAUGAAACUAGAAAAAUCCUAUUUGACUUGAUCAGCCUUCAAUAUGAAUGGUAAAUAAGUAUGAAUGUGUUGAUAAGUAAAAACAUAAAACAGGAAACACAAUAAUUAAUCCAUGUUUUAUUCUAUGUGUGAUAAUGAUCUUGCUUUUAUUUAAUCUCUGUAGUUCCAUUAAAUCAUAGGCAAAUGUGAAUACACGAACUUUGUUAGGUAGUUUUUAUUUAUCAAUUAUGUCAUCAAAUUAUGUAUAAUUUUGUUCCCGGGUUUAAGUACGUAUCCUCGUGUAGAGGUGUAUGAAUUAUAUGUAAACUUUCGCUUUUUUUAAAAGAAGUAAAAUUGUCUAUUCUCCUUGUUCCUAAUGUUCUUGAACCUGCUAUAAUGUUCAUGAAUAAUAGUUAAAGCUCUUUUAUAGAAGUAAAAAUAUUUCAUGUCUUUUCAUGAUUCGCACUGAUGCAGGUUGAUUUGAAAAUAUUUUGAAUUUGUUUUAAGUUUUAAUUUUUGAAAUCUGUUACAAAAAUCAGUGUUUUGGGAGGGUGGUAAACGGGGAACAAGACGUUGCAGUGAAAAAGUAUUUGUCAAUGAUUUUUGUUGUUUCUUUUAACACAUCAAUAUCAAGACGUCGAUUACAACAUGUUUAAUUUUUGUGACUACUUUCUUAUCCUGCAAGAAAGAUAUUUUGAUAGAAAUUGACCCCUGUUCUGUCAUUAUGAUUUUUUUUAUUUAUAUUUUCUGCAAUAAUAAGUUCAUUUAAUUUAUUCGCAAAUUUUUGUUUAAUAAUUUUAUAAACAGAAAUAAAUUUAAAAAUCAUUUACAGCUUUGGCUUUUUACAUAGCAAUAUCAUAAUUUGUCAAAAGAAUUGCCUAAAUCAGGACUUUAAAUUUUGAAGUAUUUUGUUCUAAAUUUGAGCAAAAUGUGAUGGGACAUAUAAACCUCGAUGGAAUUUUCUUCGAAUUGUCAUAUAUCAAUCCUAUCAUUGGCUUUAUUACAUAUUAAAAUUUCAUGUCAACAUUCUCGGUAUUCAAGAAAAAUACCAAAAAAGGAAUCACCUUUACCACUUAUUCUGGAAUCCAGACUUUUAGUGACAACUUCUGAUUGAACCAACAAAAAAGUAAUAACUUUUAUCCCAGUUUACUAUAUAUUCUAAAAUAACUGUCAUGUGAUCAAUAAAAGCCACGUGAUCAACGCCCUGUCUCCCCUUAAGGUUUGAUAAAGUUUUUCCAAGCGAAGAAAGGGUCGAGGUUUCGGGGUUUGUGCUGGAGGGUUUUUAUCUUUUUUUGUGCAAUUCACUUCAUUUUUAAAAUACAAAUUAUGAAAAACGGGAUUCAAUAAUUUUUUCUUCAUUCUUUAUUGUCACAUACAUGUAUAUUUUGCUAAAAUAUUUGAUCUAAGCUUUGCAAAGACAUUUUUAAAAUCCUGUAAAGCAAGUGCAAUAUAUCUUUUCAUUAAUGGCAUAUAUAAAAUAACAGCGAUUUAAAUUAAUUAAAGAAACGUCAAAACAUUUUAACUGUAUAUCUGCGCGUCCUAAAUAUGAUUGACAAUUUUUGGCAUAGUUAUUAGUCUUUUUAUCGCUUAAAAAGAAAAAUACCUAACAUGGUCAAAAUUGAUCACAAUGAUAAAAAAUCAGUGCCGUUGGAACAUAGAUGUCUGGAUUGUACCAGACAUUAUACUUUAUUUUAAAUUUGCUGUUUAUUUUGUCCUCGAGAGGGUUUUUUUUUUAAACAUAUCAAGCAAUUCAAAGGAAACGGUAUUUCAAUAUAAUGUUUCUAGUUUAGAAAUAUAACGUCAUUUCCACCUGCAAUUUAAAACAACCCGAAGGGUCUAAGCGAAAUUCAACUUAUUCGUGUUUGUCAUAUUUAGCACAGGUCUCGGGGCGCAACUAGGGGUCAAGCUUUAUGCAUCGUUCAAAACUUUUUGAAAGUUAGGUCAUCUCGACGACAGGACAAAUAAAUGUGCUUAUUUCAUACAGUAAAUAUGGUGUAAAACCUUAGACGUUUUGUUGAG